UGUAAACUGUUAUAGGUAGUAGUUGUGUAAAAUGUGUAAAAUUUGAUAUGCACUGAAAUUAAAUAAUGUGUUAGCCUGUAUCAAGCUGUCAGACAUAUUGUGGGUUUUAACUGCAAACAAAACUCAUUAUUUCAGUGUUAUGUGUUAAAACGUGUAUGCUGCAGUGAACAUGCAUGUAACGCUGUGAUCCUACCCUCUCACUGAAAAACAAGUGAUGGAGGGGCGGAGAGGCUGAGACAGAGACACCAUUCACCCUAUUACAAGACACUGAACCAUCAACAUGAAUUUGAAACUGCUAUUGCAAGGUUUAAAGUUCCACAAUGUUGCCUCAAGACACCAAAAAAUAGCUACAAUGGUGAAACAUUUGUCAGAAAAAAAAAAAAUUUAAGAAAUGUUUUGUUUUUCAAAAAACAAAGACUUGGUCUUCUGACCUCAUAUUUACAGAUCAAGUCUGCCAUGAUAAAGUUAAAAGACAUUUGACUAAAAAGAAAAGCCCUUAAACACCUUAAAACAUAAUAUGGACAUACAAUUUCCUUACAAAGCCUUCCCUUAAUGGUCCUCAUUUCUCCAAAAUAUUUCCCUGAAUUUCCCCCUCAUAUACGGCUCUCACAAUGCUACAGUUUAUUAGGCUAUUUUACAUCAACAGACAAUUGUGUGGAUAUAGUGAGAGUCAAUAGGAUGAGCAUAUUUAGAAUGGAAUGCGUCCUAAAACAUACUGCUCCCUGUUACACAUAUCCCAGCGCGGUGGCCACGCCCAGUCUACGGGGGGGGUGCCUUUCCUGAUCAGACAGAUAAGUAGGCUACACGGUGGCACCAGCAGGACACGCUCAGUACAUCACCGAGAAGGAGGAAGUCAGUCGGUACUUUUAGUAUUUUAAGUGACUUCGGACACACUCCACACACUACUUUUUUCCAGGACAAUUUGAGCUUUGAGGGAAAACAUCAGGGCAACUUCCAACGCGCACUAUGGCUGAGAAGAUGGACAUAGAGGAGGGGAAGGCAACCAACGGCGAGCCCCUGGCCAACGGACUGGGCAGCACCAAGGGCAACAACCCGGAGCCGCUGGCCCAGCGGGUCAAGAGGAUCGUGAUGGCCAACUUACUGGUGAUCCUCACAGUAGCAGGGGUCAUCGUCGGGGUUUUUAUUGGACUCGGCGUGCGCAACGUGGAGCUCACCAAGACCCAAGUCAUCUACAUCGGCUUCCCCGGUGAGUUGCUCAUCCGGCUGCUGAAGAUGAUCAUCAUACCCCUGGUCGUCUGCAGCCUGGUGUCCGGGGCGGCCAGCAUUGACCCGAAAGCCCUAGGAAAGCUCGGCGGCUGGGCCAUGCUCUUCUUUUUGGUCACCACGCUGAUCGCGUCGUCCAUCGGGGUCGUGAUGGCUUUCAUCCUCACCCCCGGGUCGGUGUCAGACAAACCAAAGGUGGCGGACAUGGGUGACGACGUGCCUGUCGCUAAAGAAGUGAUAGACUCCUUUUUAGAUUUGAUCAGAAACAUCUUUCCCUCCAACCUGGUGUCUGCUGCCUUUCGAUCAUAUGCAACCAGCUACAGGAACAUUACGAGGAAUGGCACAGAUGGACUCCCCACAGAGGAGAAGAUUCCCAUUGGAACAGACCAGGACGGCAUGAACAUCCUGGGUCUGGUUGUGUUUGCCAUUGUCUUUGGCGUGGCUUUGAGGAAGCUGGGAGAGGAGGGGGAGAUCCUCAUCAAGUUCUUCAACUCCUUCAACGAGGCCACCAUGGUACUGGUGUCCUGGAUCAUGUGGUAUGCCCCUAUUGGUAUCAUGUUCCUCGUAGCUGGCAAGAUUGUUGAGAUGGACAAUGUUGGCCAAUUGUUUGCCAGUUUGGGAAAAUACAUCGCCUGCUGUAUCAUUGGACAUGCCAUCCAUGGCUUUCUUGUGUUGCCCGGCAUCUACUUUAUCAUCACAAGGAAAAACCCGUACACUUUCCUCUGGGGGAUAUUCACAGCUCUGGCAACGGCCUUCGGAACAAGCUCCAGCUCUGCCACUCUGCCCCUGAUGAUGAAGUGCGUGGAGGAGAAUAACGGCGUUUCCAAGCACAUCAGCCGUUUCAUCCUGCCCAUUGGUGCGACAGUCAACAUGGACGGAGCUGCUCUGUUCCAGUGUGUGGCUGCCGUUUUCAUCGCUCAGCUGAACAGCACUUCUCUUAACUUCAUCCAAGUCGUUACCAUCCUUGUGACAGCUACAGCGUCCAGUGUUGGAGCAGCAGGUAUACCUGCUGGUGGUGUGUUGACCCUCGCCAUCAUCCUGGAGGCAGUCGGACUGCCCACCAAUGAUAUCUCCCUCAUCCUGGCUGUUGACUGGCUUGUUGACCGCACUUGCACAGUACUGAAUGUCGAGGGCGAUGCCUUUGGAGCCGGGCUCCUGCAGUUCUUCGUGGACCGACAGGCCAAACGAGAAGAGGGAACAGAGCUCAGCGGUGUCAUGUUGGAGGACCCAUCAGUCCCUGCCCCCGAGAGCUCGCCACUCAUUGCAAAGCGAGGAAACAAGGACAGCGAAGAAGGCGCUAAAGGGGUUCUGUCAGAGUCUGUCAUGUAAUCAAGCUGCUGACAUUAUCAGUGAACUUCUCACUUAUUUGACACUCCUGCAAGCUGAAACCUGAGGUCCAGGCCCCCCUUUCCUUUUUUAAAAAAAAAUCCUGCCCUGAAGAAACUGGUGAAAGGAUAGACGAUGAACAUGCACACAACUAUACAAUGCAAAAAUAAGCUCUCUGAAAAGUCCCCAACGCUAUUCUGGGCACCAGGGGGAUAAUUCAAAAUCCAUAAUAUGCAGUGUGUUUCCUUUCUGAGUGAUAAACACUGCAGUCCGGCCACUGUGCGGACUCAAGACUAAUGUUGGUUACAGUUGGUCGGUCCUCAUCAACUUUAAAGUCAGAAUUUGAUCAUGUGUUCAUCAGUCACAACUAAAAACCACCCAGUGCAGUAUCAAAGGCUGGACCUGCUGACCUUCUGCAAUAUGUCAGAUCUAAUGUUACAAAUAGAUGAAAUGUUACUGGUAUUAUAGCAAAAAUGAUAAAUGGACGUUACAUCGAUGUUUAAUCUUUUAGCCCCCUGUUACCUAUUACUUACUCACACAACCUGAGGUAAAAGCCGGUAUGUACCAGGGUCGAAAACAUUUACAAGUCUGACUUUAAGAGUUGAUGAAGACCACCAAACGGCUUGCUGCAAAGUUUUCUAUUCUCCAUCUGGAAUCCGUUAUUUUCAAAAUGUUUUUUUUUUACUGUCACUGUUUUAAUUGUUCUUGUCUUUUGUGUUCAACUUUGUCGCCUAUUUUUGUACAUGAUCGUGGCCACUUUCAUGCAGAUGUAUAUUGUAUAUGAACUGCAAGUCUCGCAUAUGAUUAGUCAUGUGUAAAGCAUUCACUACAUUGGUGUCAUAUACUCUGCAUGAAAAUGGCUGUGAUAAUGUAUGUGUGACAAAAUGCACAAACAUUUGUUCUUUUUAUAGUUGUUUUUAAAGAGGCUUGAGACAUUUAUCAGUCUGUCACUGUGUCUGUGGUUACUCCAUGCCAUGUAUGAUGCCUUAGACAACCUGUGUUAAAGACUGUUUUUCUGCACACCAAAUGGAAAAAAUAUCCUCAAUAACCUCCCAAAGCUGAAUGAAGGAGCUCUUUCUCUCAAGGAUUCUAUAUGUCAGCACGCAUGGACAGACUGACCUCCGAGCAUUAAUGCCUCUUCACAUGGACCUGCGGUGACAGGCAACAUAUCCUCAGGUUUAACUAUGGCUUGAAUAUUCUCAGACCAAAAACAUCACUGACCCAGCAAACAGGGAGGAGCGCAUUGAACUCCUGAAAACAUAGAAUUACUUUCUUUUUUUUUUUCCAAUGUUAUUGCCCACAUUUUACUCUGCUGUGGCUGCUUUGUGUAGAUCCUAGAAUUUCAGCAAAGCACAAACUUGUUUUAAAGCACAGUAAUGUGGUAAGGACAGUCUGUCGGCGCUGUGUAAGGUGUGGUGUGGCUACAUGUGACGUAAGUAACAAAAGUCCCUCCACUACAAGGAUGUCUCUACAUUGUCAGAGUAGCAGCAGUGGACUGCUGGUUGGUUUAGACUGUUGAGGCCUGGACACCUAAAGGACUUGAGUGAAAGUAAGCAUGUCUCAACUUAAACCUUUUUAUCUUUUGACUGCCAUGGACAUGAAAAGCUAGUUACGUCAUAAUUGAUGAUGCCUCAGAUAAUGACAUGUUCUAAAUCAUAUUUAUUUCCCUUAUCAAGAUCCAAAGAGUUAAGCUAAUGUUAUACAGAUAAGUAACUCCAAAUAUUAUUGUCCAUUCUUGUAUUAACUGGUUGGUGAUAGUUUUUUUUCUUUCUUGUUCAGUCUGGCGGUGGGCAUUUUAAGAAACUUCUAGACUUGACACUUUUGAAUGUGUGUGCUGUUGCAGUACUGUGAUGAGUACAUUUGUUAUGCCCUAGAGUGAUAUUAUCCAUUUACAUCCUACAGUGUGAAACACAUUCUGUAGGCAUGCAUAUGUACGAUAUCUCUUUCAUCCACGUUGUCUUGCAACUGUUCAAAGCCCUACCAACGUUUGGGUCAUUUACUACCGAUGUCACUGAUAAAAUGUAAAUCAACAUUUUUGAUCAGUGCUCCCAAGUCUAAUAUUAUUUAUCAGCUUUAUUUGUAUGAGUCAGUCCUUCCAAAGAAGUCAUCGCAGGCCUGGAGUCUCAUCACGUCUACAAUCUUGAAUGUCAUGAGAGUGCUAAAACGUUAGCUAUUGCCUCCAAAUGUAGUUAUUGUACUCGAGUUUCUACUUAAUGCCUUUGUGGUGCAAUGUUGAAAAGAUGCUAACAUUCCUUUCUUAGAUCUGUCACCACGUGGAUGUCUGUCAGGUUUGAUCAUAGUGUCCAUGUUGUGUGUAUGCACAUGAUAGCUGAAAUGAUUUUAUUGCAAUGGGGCUAUGUUUCAAAGACCUGUCCAGGCUAAAAUCUGAAUAUACUGUCUUUAAACAAUAAAAGGCCUUUUUUUAUAUUU